AUGGAAGACGCCAGCUUGCCUGAGGGGGAUCAUUAUGCAGAUGAUCGAGAUAAUCUGAAUUUCAGCAAAAGAGAAGGAACAUGCGAAAGAAGUUCACCAAAAGACAGUUACAUUGGACAGGCCUCUCAAGAAGAUCCGAAGCCCCGCAGCAAUUUCCAAUCAUCAUCAAACAUACCCAAGAACACCCAUGCGUUCUCCAUCUUCAAGGAGCUUCUUCAGGACUGGAAAGACACCCUAGCUUUGAGUCCUGGAGGAAGAUCAGCUGCAACAGCAACGGCACUGGGGAAAUGGGUUGCGGAGAUUCGUCUCCCUCGAAACAGGAAGCGUUUGUGGUUAGGCACAUUCGAUACCGCAGAAGAAGCUGCUUUGGCUUAUGAUCGCGAAGCCUUCAGGUUGAGAGGAGAGAAUGCGAGACUCAAUUUUCCUCAUCUUUUCCGUGGCAGCGAAGCAGCAUGCCAGAUGGAGGCACAAGAAGUCUCAGGUACAAGCUCCCUAUCUUCAUCUAGCAUCGCCAAUGAGACCUCUAAACUCAACAAGUUCCAAAUGCCCAAUAAACAGGGAGUUGUAGUUCCUUCAACCAAUGGAAACAAAACUAGCAUAAUCACGGAGUACACUGAAAAGGGCUUUGAGUACAAAAGCAGUUUUCAUGAAUCAAGAUCAGAGGAUAUUAUUCUCGCUGCUGAUAAUCAGGCAGGUAGAAUGAGUAUUCCACCAGAACAAGGUCUUCAGGGUUUUUCUGAUCCAAUUAUGUGGGGGAGGAGCAUGACAGAAGUUUUGACCACUACAAUCCAGGGUAGUAGUAGUGGUUUUCCCAUUCCAAGUAGUCCAAUGUGGGAAAACAUUACCAUGGCAGAUUUGCUGCAACAAUCUGAUGGAUAUUGCUUGACUGAAAAUUCAUGCGCCGUUCUUGAUGUUCAAAUGCCUUCAAUCCCUUAA